CCACGGAGCUCUCAGGCAGAAGCGCAAGAGCCGCCGGUGGAUAAACACAUGCGUCUGGACCUGGAGCCGGUCCGUGCGAGUUCCCUCUUCACCUCCACAGUUUUUAACCUUUUUUUAAUUAGUUUUUAUUCCCUAUCAACGUGCGCGUGCAUGUGGACGGUGCACGCGCCUGGAUGUGAGUGUUUUUCCUGAUGAUAAGCUGAUUCUCCAGAAAAGAAAACGCACCUCACAGAUGGAGAGAUGAGGACCGGGAUAUGAUUCCAGGUGACACGGCAGCGGAAGUCAGCGGUUAAACGGAGAACAUAAAUGGUGAGACGUCGUCCUCAGAAGUCCGUGUGAAGGCUGCCUUUCCUUCAGUGUUUGCCAUGCUACAUGGGAAGGCUCUGAACUCCUCGCUGGUCGUCCUCCUCACCGCCUCCGUCGUCGCUGCCGUCCGCGGCCGCUCCUACCCUCGCUUUUCCCGCAAUGACACGGACCUGCAGCACCUGGUGCUGCACCCGGACCCCUCGGUGGGGACGGUGUACGUGGGGGCCCGGGACCACCUCUUCCAGCUGGACGGGUCGGACGGCCUCCGCCUGGAGCAGGAGGAGGCCACCGGCCCCGUGAGGGACAGCAAGGACUGCCUCCCUCCGGUCACGGAGGCCAACUGUCCCCAGGCCCGGACCACCAGCAACCACAACAAGCUCCUGCUGGUGGACCCGCGGGCGCGGCAGCUCAUCACCUGCGGCAGCGUCCACCAGGGCACCUGCCAGAAACGCAGCCUGGAAUCCAUCAAGACGGUCCUGUUCUCCACCGAGAGGCCCGUGGACACCCAGUACGUCGCGGCCAACGACCCGGCAGUGUCCACCGUGGGGCUGGUGGUGGAGCUUCCUGGGGGGGCCAGGACGGUGAUGUACGUGGGUCGGGGCUACACCGCCAGCCACCCGCCCAUCUCCACCCGCCACCUCUCCUCAGAGCCCGUCUUCUCCUACGAGGAGACGGCCAAGCUAGCCGUGGCCGGACGUCUGUCGGAGUACGACCAUCACUUCGUCACGGCGUUCACGCGGCGCUCCUACGUUUACUUCCUGUUUUACCGCCGUGACAUCAAGUCUGUGUCGAGGGAGUACAAGACCUACGCUGCUCGGGUGUGUCUGGAGGACACCUCCUACUACUCCUACGUGGAAAUCCCUCUGGUCUGCAAAUCCACGGCCUUUCCUUCCAGGAACUACAACCUCCUUCAGGCCGCGCAGGUGGGGCAGGGUGCGGGCCUGCCGGGCGAGGACCUGCUGGGCGUCUUCUCCGCCCUCUCCGGCUCCACAAACACCAUGGACUCGUCGGCGCUGUGCGUCUUCCCGCUGGACGAGCUGGACCGGCGCAUCAACUCCACCCGCGACCGCUGCUACACCCAGGACGGGCGGGUGGAGGGCGGAGGGGAGGUGGCCUACAUCGAGUACGAGGUCAAGUCCAGCUGCGCCAACCUGCCCUUGAACACCCUGAAGGCGUACCCGUGCGGCUCGGACCACACCCCCAGCCCCAUGGCCAGCCGGGCGCCGCUGGAGGCCGACGCCGCCUGGCUCACGUCCGGCUCCCGCCUCACCGCCGUGGCCGUCAGCGUCCGGGACGGGCACAGCAUCGCCUUCCUGGGAGACUCCAGAGGAGCCCUGCACAAGGUGUACCUGGGCCGGGACGGCGCCGUGGAGGUGUACGACCACCUGACCGUUCACCCUGACUCCCCCAUCAGCAGCGACCUGCUGCUGGACCCACGUGGAUCCCACAUCUACAUCAUGACCAGAACCGCCGUAGAGAAGCGCCCGGUGGCGGAGUGUGGCGACCACUCCGACUGCCAGUCCUGCCUGUCUGCCAGGGACCCGUACUGCGGCUGGUGUGUCCUGGAGGGACGGUGCGGCCAGCAGUGGGAGUGCCAGCGGGGGGCGGCGCAGGGCCAGUGGCUGUGGAGCUUCAACCGGACGCAGCAGUGCCUCGCCGUGCAGCACCUCAGCCGCUACAACAUCAGCCGCGGCCAGAAGACCGACAUCGCGGUGUCGGUGGAAGGCCUCCCCGGCCUCGGGGGAGGGGAGGCGUACUCCUGCUUCUUCCAGGACACGGAGACCCCUGCCUUGCUCACCACCAGCGGCGUGAUUUGCUCCACCCCAGACGCCAGCAGUCUGCCGCCCAUUGGCGUCGGAGAUGAGUUCGUGAUGGUGACGUUGUCGCUGCGCUUCGUCAACGUGACCGUGGCGGAGACGGAGUUCACCUUCUACAACUGCAGCCUGGUCCAGGAGCUCUCUGGACGCCGGCCGUGCCAGGGGUGUGUCAGCAGCCGCUGGGGCUGCAACUGGUGCCUCCAUCAACACGUCUGCACACAUGAACGCUCCUGCAGCCGCGGAGUCACCGUCUACAACCAGCACGUGAGUCACCGCCGCGACUGGGGCUCUAUCGACUGCCCGUGUGUGGACGAGGUCCGGGACUCGGCCCUGCUGCCCGUCGACGUGGAGAGGAAGAUCACGCUAGUGGGACAACACCUCCACCUGUUCCAGGACCAGGACCUGGACUACGAGUGUGUGCUGGACAUCGAGGGCCGGUCGGUGGUGGUGGAGGCCUCGGUGGAGCCGGACGUCGGCCGGCCAUCCGUCUUUCUUAUCACCUGUCGGCCGUAUAAGUUCGUUUACUCCCUCUCCAUGGACGAGUAUCCGGCCACCAUCAACGUGAGGCGCAAGAACCACUUCCUCAUCGACAGCGCCGAGGAUCUUUACGUGACCCUCUUCAACUGCUCGGUGGGUCGGUCCGACUGCAGCCGCUGCCGGACGGCCGACCCCAAGUACGGCUGUGUCUGGUGCGGAGGCGCCGCCGGCUCCCGCUGCGUCUACCGAGACUCCUGCAGCGACGAGAUCAAACACUCCUGCCCCGCCCCCGUCAUCCACCGCGUGGACCCGGUAUCUGGGCCCAUAGAGGGGGGGACGGUGGUCACAAUCUCAGGAUCCAACCUGGGCCAGAGAGCUGAGGACAUCCAGAGCUCGGUGUCCGUCGCUGGAGUUCCCUGCAACGUCAUCCACAGCAGAUACGAGGUCUCCUCAAGGAUAGUGUGUGAGACGACGAGCAGCGGCGGAGAGAAGAGCGGCCACGCCUCCGUGAAGGUGAAGGGCGGAGGCGUCGGGCUGUCGCGGCAGAACUUCAGCUUCCAGGACCCCAAGCUCAGCAGCAUCUUCCCCCACCGAGGCCCGAAGGCCGGCGGCUCGUCUCUCACCAUCCGGGGCCGGAGGCUGAGGACCGGACAUCCCAGCGAGGUCGCCGUGCUGGUCGGGGGGCUGCACUGCCUCGUGCUGAACAUCCAGGAGGAUCAGAUCAACUGUCUGACCAGAGGCAGCAACAGAACGGGGCAACACAACAUCACGGUGCGCUUCGGUGGAGCAGAGCGCCAUCUGCAGGGCUCCAUGUACCGCUACACCCCCAACCCCAACAUCACCGCCGCCGCUCCGGCCAAAAGCUUUCUGAGCGGCGGCAGAAUCAUCCGGGUUUCCGGCCACAACCUGGACGUGGUCCAGGAGCCCAAGAUGCGUGUGACCCUGAGCCCCCCCGACGCGCUGCCCCCCCGCCGGAGGAGGAGCCUCCGCAGGAAGAAGGAGGGGCGUCUGAGCGGCGCCCAGAAGCGGUGGCGGCGCAUCGUUCCCAGCUGCCCCGGCGGAGCGCUGUGCCACGUCCGACACUACGAGUCGCUCUGCGCCGUCAACAGCUCCGCCCUCAUCCUGUGCCCGACGCCGGCCGUGGGCCCGGAGGCCGGCGGCGCCGCCGUCAGGGUCCACUUCCUGCUGGACAGCCUGCACUUCGACUUCAACGCCGUGAGCAGAGUGGCCUUCAGCUACGAGCCCAACCCGGAGCUGUUCGGGCUGAACCGCAACGACCCCAGCAAGCCGUACCACCACAAGCCGGGCAGCAUCAUCUCCGUGGAGGGGGAGCACCUGGACCUGGCCGUCAGCAAGCACGAGGUGGAGGCCCGGAUCGGCGGGGGGCGCUGCCUGGUCAAGACUCUGACCCGCAACCACCUGUACUGCGAGCCCCCGGCCCAGCAGCCCUCCGUCACGGCCGGCCGGAAGCAGGACGGCGUGGACGGCCUGCCCGAGUUCACCGUGAAAAUAGGAAACCUGAACUUCUCGCUGGGCCGAGUGCAGUACGACGUCCAGGCGCAGUCCACGUUCCCCCUGGAGGCCCAGGUGGGGGUCGGCGUGGGCGCCUCCAUCGUGGCGCUCAUCGUGCUCAUCAUCGUGCUCAUAUACAGGAGGAAGAGCAAACAGGCCAUGAGGGACUACAAGAAGGUCCAGAUCCAGCUGGAGAACCUGGAGACCAGCGUCAGGGACCGCUGCAAGAAGGAGUUCACAGACCUGAUGACGGAGAUGAUGGACAUGUCCAGCGACCUGGUGGGCUCGGGGAUCCCCUUCCUGGACUACCGGGCCUAUGCCGAGCGCAUCUUCUUCCCGGGCCACCAGGAGUCGCCGCUGAGGCGCGACCUGGACGUCCCCGAGAGCCGACGGCAGACGGUGGAGACGGGCCUGGUGCAGCUGUCCAACCUGCUCAACAGCAAGCUGUUCCUCACCAAGUUCAUCCACACGCUGGAGGUCCAGCGGACCUUCUCUCCCCGGGACCGGGCCUACGUGGCCUCGCUGCUGACGGUGGCGCUGCACGGCAAGCUGGAGUACUUCACGGACAUCCUGAAGACGCUGCUCAACGACCUGGUGGACCAGUACGUGGCCAAGAACCCCAAGCUGAUGCUGCGGAGAACCGAGUCGGUGGUGGAGAAGCUCCUGACCAACUGGAUGUCCAUCUGUCUCUUCACCUUCUUGAGGGAGUCGGCCGGCGAGUCCUUCUACAUGCUGUUCCGGGCCAUCAAGCACCAGGUGGACAAAGGCCCGGUGGACGCCGUGACGGGGAAGGCCAAGUACACGCUGAACGACAACCGGCUGCUGCGGGAGGACGUGGAGUACCGGACGCUGACCCUCAACGUGGCGGCGCCGGCGGCCGGUGGGAACACGGCUGCCCAGACGGUACCGGCCAAGGUUCUGGACUGUGACACCAUCACCCAGGUGAAGGAGAAGGUCCUGGAACAAACCUGGAAGGGAACCUCCUUCUCCCAGCGGCCGCACAUCGACUCCGUGCAUCUGGAGUGGCGGGCCGGAGUUGCGGGUCACCUGAUCCUGUCGGACGAGGACCUGACGUCGGUGGUUCAAGGAUCCUGGAAACGGCUCAACACCCUGCAGCACUACAAGGUCCCUGACGGAGCUACGGUGGCCCUGGUUCCCCGGAGCAACAAGCACCACCUGCACGACAGCCAUGACUACAUGCCCGGAGAGAAGACCCCCAUGCUGGACGACGGGGAGGAAGGAGGCGUCCGGCUCUGGCACCUGGUGAAGGCCAGCGAGGAGUCGGAGCUCCCCAAACACCGGAGGGGCAGCGUGAGGGAGCGGGGCGGCGAGCGAGCCAAAGCCAUCCCCGAGAUCUACCUCACCCGCCUGCUCUCCAUGAAGGGAACGCUGCAGAAGUUCGUGGACGACCUGUUCACGGCCAUCCUCAGCACCAGCCGGCCAGUUCCUCUGGCCGUCAAGUACUUCUUCGACCUGCUGGACGAGCAGGCGCUGCAGCACGGCAUCGCCGACCCGGAGACCAUCCACAUCUGGAAGACCAACAGUUUGCCGCUGCGGUUCUGGAUCAACAUCCUGAAGAACCCGCAGUUCAUCUUCGACGUGCAGACGUCGGACCACGUGGACGCCGUGCUGUCCGUCAUCGCCCAGACCUUCAUGGACUCCUGCACCAUCGCCGACCACAAGCUUGGACGGGACUCGCCCAUCAACAAGCUGCUGUACGCCCGAGACAUCCCUCGCUACAAGCAGAUGGUGGAGAGGUACUACGCAGACAUCCGGCAGACCAUCUCGGCCAGCGACCAGGAGAUGAACUCGGCGCUGGCUGAACUCUCCCGCAACUACGCGGCGGAGGUCAACUGUCUGGUGGCUCUACAUGAGCUGUACAAGUACAUCAACAAGUACUACGACCAGAUCAUCACGGCGCUGGAGGAAGACUCCACGGCCCAGAAGAUGCAGCUCGGCUACCGGCUGCAGCAGAUCGCCGCCGCCGUAGAGAACAAGGUGACGGACCUAUGACCCGGAAACCGGACCUGAGGUUUCCCUCCGUCCUCCGAGGAAAAGAGAGAUUGUUCUGAAAACUGAGAAAAAAGGGGACGGAGGAGGAAAGACUCACCGGUCCUCACCGGACCUCACUGGACCCCGGAGGGGCCGCGUAAAGAGAAAACGCGUAAAACACUCCCACCAGACGCUUGAAGAGAGUUCAUUUUCCCUUUUACGUCUUCCGGACGGGCCGAGCAGAACUUUCUGCCGGCCCUGCCGGUUCGGACCUGAAGACUCGUGGAUGCGGAUCCAAGUCCACUUUUAUCUUCUCCACAGCAACCUGACAAGUCUUACUGUCCCACUUCGGUACUUUCCAGCGGUUCUUUUGUGUUUGGCUUGUGACCCGGAAACGGCGGUUCUGCAGAACCCGUGUGGGUCCGUGUGACGGGCCCACACGGGGCCCCGUUUAUGUCUCAGACUGACCCCAGGUGCAGAUGUGCAGGCGGACCGGGUCGGAGCCUUUUGUAGUGACCACGAGUGUUGUGACUUUUAUUUUGAAAUUUUUUAUUUUGAAAAGUCAUUUUUACGAAGAGGCUCCUUCAGAAAACGUAGAAUUUGAUCCGUCCUUUUUAAAACAAUAUUACGGUGAUACUCGGCCCGGUCAGUCAGAAUUAUUCUGGUUCGUCUGGAUCGGGCUUUGAUUUCCAGGAGGGGGGCAGUAUCGACGAAUGA